AAAAGAUCAAGAGCCAGCUCCGAGGCUUGAGAUAUAAACUUCUAUAUCUACAUCGAUCCGGAGAUCGAUCGUCGAUGGGGAACUGCAACUGUUUCAAGUCGCACCGCGCCGUGGCGUCGUGGGUGGACGACGACGAGUGGGUGGUGGACGUGGAGGAGGGGAAGAGGCCAGCCGCCGAGAAGGUUGAUCAGGGAGUCGAGGUGAAGAUCAGGGUGACCAAGAGGCAGGUCCAGGAGCUGCUGCAGAAAGCAGGGCUGGAUGGCAAGGGGCCGUGGACGGAGCAGGUGCUCGCGGAGCUGAUCAACUCCGGCACGGUGUGCUGCGACCGCCCCGAGGCUAGGGGGCACUGGAGGCCGGCGCUGCAGAGCAUCUCCGAAGGCGAGGAGGCAUGCCUUUUGUAGGACCGUUCCAUCACUCUUGAUUCUGAAUUUCUGAUGCGCAUAUAUAGUUACGGUAGGAAAAACCGUCUCAUCAAA